AGGGUCAUCAAUAUCCAGGGAUCUUAAAUCUGAGCUUAAACCUGUUCCACUUCAAGAGGAGUUUAGCAGACAGUAAUUCUUAUCCACUGAACACAAUCAAGAACACCAGGCACAGAAAACUAAACUGUCUAAACUAUCAUAUCAAACUAAAUCUCUAAAAUGGAAGAAGCAAAAAGCCAAAGUUUGGAGGAAGACUUUGAAGGACAGGCCUCACAUACAGGACCCAAAGGAGUAAUAAAUGACUGGAGAAAGUUUAAGUUGGAGAGUGAAGAUAGUGAUUCAGUUGCACCCAGCAAGAAGGAGAUUCUCAGACAAAUGUCUUCUCCUCAGAGUAGAGAUGACAAAGACUCAAAAGAAAGAUUCAGCAGAAAGAUGAGCGUUCAAGAAUAUGAACUAAUCCACAAAGACAAAGAAGAUGAAACUUGCCUUCGUAAAUACCGCAGACAGUGUAUGCAGGAUAUGCACCAGAAGCUGAGUUUCGGGCCUAGAUAUGGGUUUGUGUAUGAGCUGGAAUCUGGGGAGCAAUUCCUGGAAACCAUUGAAAAGGAACAGAAAAUCACCACUAUCGUUGUUCAUAUUUAUGAAGAUGGUAUCAAGGGCUGUGAUGCUCUAAACAGUAGCUUGACAUGCCUUGCAGCCGAAUACCCUAUGGUCAAGUUUUGUAAAAUAAAGGCUUCUAAUACAGGCGCCGGAGACCGCUUUUCCUCAGAUGUACUCCCCACGCUGCUUGUCUACAAAGGUGGGGAACUCCUAAGCAAUUUCAUUAGUGUUACUGAACAGCUGGCUGAAGAAUUUUUUACUGGGGAUGUGGAGUCUUUCCUAAAUGAAUAUGGGUUAUUACCUGAAAAGGAGAUGCAUGUCCUAGAGCAGAGCAACAUGGAAGAGGAUAUGGAAUAA